CGAAAAAUUCAGAGUAGAAAAAGAAAAAUCAAAGUAAUUCGGAGAAGAAAGUGACGUUGUUUUUUGUUUUCCCACCUCUGCAAUUUUUCGCUAUUCGUGAUCUAUCAAAGCUUCGAUUCGCAUGUACAUUUGAGCACUGGUUCGAGCUUAGCUCUGUUCUAGUUUGGAUGAUUUAGAGUUGUAUUCUACUUGGGUUCUCCAACGCCCCUAUUGAGGAGGACUGCACAAGAUGGGUUUUUUUGAUGGAUUGCCUGUGCCUCCUGAUAAAGCUUAUUUAAGAGAGGAUCUUUCAAGAAUAGAUGAAAGUUGGGCUGCUGCACGAUUUGAUUCCCUACCUCAUGUUGUUCAUAUUUUGACAUCAAAAGAUCGUGAAGGUGAAGCCCAAGUUUUGAAGGAGCAAAGUGAUGUGAUUGAAGAGGUUGUGGAUGAAGUGGUACAUGCUUAUCAUAGUGGCUUCAAUAAAGCAAUCCAAAAUUAUUCCCAGAUCUUGCGGUUAUUCAGUGAAUCAGCUGAAAGUAUUGCUGUACUAAAGGUUGAUUUAACUGAGGCGAAGAAGCGUCUUGGUACCCGCAAUAAACAAUUGCAUCAGCUGUGGUAUCGAUCUGUUACGUUGAGGCACAUAAUCUCACUCUUAGAUCAAAUUGAGGGCAUAGCUAAGGUACCGGCUCGUAUUGAGAAACUCAUCGACGAAAAACAGUUUUAUGCGGCAGUUCAAUUGCAUGUUCAGUCGUCAUUGAUGCUAGAGCGAGAAGGCCUUCAAACGGUAGGUGCCCUUCAAGAUGUUCGAUCUGAGCUGACAAAGUUGCGAGGGGUUCUUUUUUAUAAGGUUUUGGACGAUUUGCAUGCGCAUCUUUACAACAAGGGUGAAUACAGCUCAUUUGCCUCAAGCAUACAUGACAGAGAUGAUGAGAUUCCAACUACUACAGCUGCUGCUUUUACUAUGAAUAACUCACAGUCUCUAUCUCGAAGAACAAGGUCGGUGAAAGGUGACAAUCAAUUUGGUGGUCAUGGACUUGUGGAUGGAUCAUAUAAGCCAGGUUCUGUUGAUGGAGGUUCUUCAUUUGAUGGCCAUGAUGAUGAUGGCUCUCUGGAAAUACAUGAUGAAGCAACCUUAGAUGGCCAUGCAGCAUCAAUAAGGGUAAAUAGUGGUGAUGGGAACAUGAAGGAUGUUAAGAUUGUUCCUCGUCAAAUACCAACAUGGCUGGUGAAUUCCACUCCAGAUGAAUUUCUUGAAACAAUCAAAAAGAGUGAUGCUCCUCUUCAUGUGAAGUAUUUGCAGACAAUGGUUGAAUGCCUCUGCAUGCUUGGCAAAGUUGCUGCUGGUGGUGCCAUAAUAUGCCAAAGAUUGCGGCCCACCAUUCAUGAUACUAUCACAUCCAAGAUAAAAGUUCAUGCAGAAGCUGUCAACUCUUCAAGGUCUGGCAUAGAUCAGGUUGCCCGUAGUUCCGCUACAGGUCUCCACUUUGUUAAGGGACAGUUAGAAAGUUUCCAGUUGCCUAAACAGAAGCAUCAGAAUGGGAUAGCACUGGCGGGGACUCUGGUUGCAGUUAGCCCUGUCUCAUCCAUGAUGGCUCCCACAGGAAAAGCGCAGGCUGCUGCCAAAGAGCUUCUUGAUUCAAUUUUGGAUGCUGUUGUUCGCAUAUUUGAGAACCAUGUUGUUGUUGGAGAGCUUUUGGAAUCAAAAUCUUCUCAACAAGUUGACAUGAACACUCCAAAAUUAAUGACGACGGAUAUAAACUGGAACCCUGAUACUGAAGCAUCUCAAAUCACUGGAGGCUAUAGUAUUGGUUUUUCCUUGACAGUUUUACAGAGUGAAUGCCAACAACUGAUAUGUGAAGUUCUGCGAGCAACCCCUGAAGCAACAUCAACGGAUGCUGCUGUGCAGACUGCUAGACUAGCUAGUAAGGUCCCUUCCAAAGAGAAAAGGGAUGGGUCUGAAGAUGGUCUCACUUUCGCUUUUCGCUUUACAGAUGCUACUAUCUCUAUGCCAAACCAGGGUGCUGAUCUCAUUCGACAAGGAUGGAGUAGGAGGGGUCCAAAUGUGUUACAAGAGGGCUAUGGAUCUGCUGCUGUUUUGCCUGAGCAAGGCAUAUAUCUGGCAGCAUCUAUAUACCGUCCUGUUCUUCAGUUUACAGAGAAGCUCGCGUCAAUGCUGCCAAAAGAGUAUUCCCAGCUUGGGAAUGAUGGAUUGCUAGCUUUUGUUGAAAACUUCGUGAAAGACCACUUUUUACCAACUAUGUUUGUGGACUACCGGAAAGUAGUACAGCAAGCUAUAUCAAGCCCAGCUGCAUUUAGGCCAAGGGCACAUACUACAGCUACCUAUACUCCAUCAAUCGAGAAGGGUCGACCAGUCUUACAGGGUCUUUUGGCCAUUGAUUAUUUAGCAAAGGAGGUGCUUGGCUGGGCUCAAGCAAUGCCUAAAUUUGCUGGUGACCUUGUGAAAUAUGUACAAACUUUCCUUGAGCGAACAUAUGAAAGAUGCCGAACUUCAUACAUGGAGGCAGUUCUUGAGAAGCAGAGUUAUAUGCUCAUUGGGAGGCAUGAUAUUGACAAAUUGAUGCGGCUUGAUCCAGCAAGUGCAUGUUUACCAAGUUCACUUGCUCAGUCACAUGUGGGAAACACUGGCUCUGAUGCUGAGGCUGUUGAGGUUGAGUCAGAACUGAGUGAACUAUUUUUGAACUUGCGGCCUAUCAAGCAGGAAAAUCUAAUUCGUGAGGAUAACAAACUUAUUUUGCUGGCGAGCCUUAGCGAUUCAUUGGAGUACGUAGCAGACUCAAUUGAAAGGCUGGUGCAAACAACUCUGGGAACAUCAGACCUAGUGGAAGAGAGUGGUAAGCCUCAUCGUUCUCAAGGAAGCAGCUCAGCUACAAAGGAUCUGGCAUCAUUUGCAGAUGAUUACAGAAAACUUGCGAUUGAUUGCCUUAAGGUGUUACGUGUGGAGAUGCAACUGGAGACAAUUUUCCAUAUGCAGGAAAUGACCAGUAGGGAAUAUUUGGAGGACCAAGAUGCUGAAGAACCAGAUGACUUCAUCAUUACCCUCACUGCACAGAUUACACGUAGAGAUGAGGAAAUUGCACCAUUCGUAGUGGGAGUGAAGAGGAAUUACAUUUUUGGUGGAAUUUGUAGUAUUGCAGCAAAUGCUUCCAUCAAGGCUUUGGCUGACAUGAAAUCCAUCAACCUUUUCGGAGUUCAGCAAAUAUGUCGGAAUUCAAUUGCGCUGGAACAGGCCCUGGCGGCUAUCCCAUCAAUUGACAGUGAAGCAGUGCAGCAGAGACUGGAUCAUGUCCGUACCUAUUAUGAACUGUUGAACAUGCCAUAUGAGGCCUUGCUUGCGUUCAUCACAGAGCAUGAGGAGUUGUUUGCAACAACAGAGUACGCUAAUCUUCUAAAGGUCCAGGUACCAGGAAGGGAGAUUCCUCCUGAUGCACAGGAUCGAAUUGCAGAGAUGUUAUCUAGGUAGUUUUGUCGAUUGAUAGACGAAGAUUGAUUCAUUUAUGUGUCAUGCUGGCCGGAAGUGCAACAAAUCCAUUGUGCGAGGAUUUUAACAUAAAAUAAUGAACGCUGUAGCAGAUGCGGACUCAAACUCCUCUGAUGUCAGCUGUUCAUCUCUCUCACCCUGAUGGGGUAAAUUUUGAGUCGAAUUGUAGGUGUCAUUGAUCUGUUAUUUAUGAUUUGUGUUGUAAAAAAAAAUCAGUCGUGUUGUUUCAUGUUGCAAUGGUGUAGUACAGGUGAUGUAAUGUAAUGUAAUGUAAUGUAAACGCUCACUGAUUGUUUUAAGUUCUUCUGAUUCAAGCACCAGUUUCUCCAACUCUAUCCAUGAAACUGUUACUUUCUUAUAUCUAUUGUCCGACACAAUGGAAACUUA